GUCAUCUCGGCGCGCCAAACAAAGCUCCAUGUGCAAGAGGAAGCAGAGAAUAACGGAGCGCCCAAAAGUUAGUUUCUCUGAAGUUUGAGAUAAAAAAAAAAACUUCAUGAAAACAAACAUUUAAAGAGCUGGGUGUGAACAUUAAGCUGCUGUGAGUGAAAAUAUUGAAUAAGAGAAGAAAAAUAAGAAGAAAGAGAGAGAGGGAAGGAAAAGAAGAGAAGCUGGUGUUUAAAAUUUAAAGUCCUGUGGAGCUGCAGCAGGAUGCUCCGUUGAUGAAGAUGGAUGAGGAGAAUAAGGAAAAGAAGGAAGAUGAGGAGAAGAGGGAGAACGUCCUGGAAGAGAGAGGAGAGGAUGACAGAGAAAUAAGAACUCCAGAAGAAGAGGAUGAAGAGGAGGAGGAGGAGGAAGAGACUGACUCUAAAGACAAAGCACGCAGGAAGCGGAUUGGUGGACACACUCCGAUCUCUGCCUCCUCCUCCUUCACCUCCUCUCCUCUCCUCUCCUCCUCUCUCUGCCGAGGAAGAGGAGGCGAUGGAGGAGAGGAAGACGAUGAGGUCAGAGUCGCCAUAGUCACCAUCGAGGACGAGUCUUGUCCAUCCGAGCCGUUCGGCAAUCAGAUUACACGGACUGAGGAAGAGGAAGCAAAGGAAGAGGAAGAGGAGGAGGAGAUUAAAGAGGAGGCUAUCAGUGAUGAAAGAGAGGAAGAGGAAGAGGAUAAAGUGAUGUCACCGUCCAGUAUCCUCCUGAGUCAGAUGAAGAGGAAGCUGGAUCAUGGUCCAGACGGGCGGCCGUUCCCUUCGGGGAAGAAGCACUGCAAAGGAAACGGAUACCUCAGUCCCUCCAAUCUGGUUCAAUCCACGCCCACCACAUUUGGAGACCUGCGGCUGGCCAAUGGUCAUUCAGCUCAACGGCGGCGUGUCACCUCAGGCCCACCCCCCUCUGGCUUGCAGGACUGGCUCCAUACCUUCCAGGCCUGGAGCGGCCCUGAGAGGCUAUUGGCUCUGGACGAGUUGAUUGACAGGUGUGAGACCAAUCAGGUGAAGCACAUGAUGCAGGUGAUCGAGCCACAGUUCCAGAGAGACUUCAUAUCGCUGCUGCCCAAAGAGUUGGCGCUGUAUGUGCUGACCUUCCUGGCUCCCAGAGACCUGCUGCAGGCCGCUCAGACCUGCAGGUACUGGAGGAUCCUGGCUGAAGACAACCUGCUGUGGAGGGAAAAGUGCCGCGAGGAAGGUGUCUCAGACUGUGCAUCAUCACGGCGCAGGAAGUGUGUGCGGCCCGGCCCGAUGGUCAGUCCGUGGAAAUCCGCCUACAUCCGACAGCACCGGAUAGAGUUCAACUGGAGGAAGGGCGACAAACGGGAGCCGAUGGUGCUGAAAGGCCACGACGACCACGUGAUCACCUGUCUCCAGUUCAGCGGCGACCUGAUUGUCAGCGGAUCAGACGACAACACACUCAAAGUGUGGUCGGCCAUUACUGGAAAGUGUCUGCGGACGUUGACGGGUCACACCGGUGGCGUGUGGUGCAGCCAGAUGGCGUCUGCCACGGUGAUCAGUGGCUCCACCGACCGGACGCUGCGUGUGUGGGACGCAGAGAGCGGCGAGUGCGUCCACACUUUGUACGGACACACAUCCACCGUGCGCUGCAUGCACCUCAACGGCAACCGGGUGGUGUCAGGCUCUCGGGACACGACGCUGCGUGUGUGGGAUGUAACGACAGGCCGCUGCGAGCACGUGCUGACGGGUCACGUGGCGGCGGUGCGCUGCGUUCAGUACGACGGGCGCCGCGUGGUGUCGGGCGGAUACGACUACAUGGUGAAGGUGUGGGACCCCGAGACGGAGGUGUGCCUGCACACGCUGCAGGGACACACGAACAGAGUGUACUCACUGCAGUUUGAUGGGGCGUUCGUGGUGAGCGGCUCGUUGGACACUUCAAUCCGGGUCUGGGACGCCGAGACAGGUGGUUGCGUCCACACUCUGACAGGCCACCAAUCACUGACCAGCGGCAUGGAGCUGCGUGACAACAUCCUGGUCUCUGGGAACGCCGACUCCACGGUCCGAGUGUGGGACGUCCGGACGGGACAGUGCAUUCACACGCUGCAAGGUCCCAACAAGCACCAGUCUGCGGUGACUUGCCUUCAGUUCUGCAGAGGCCUGGUUCUGUCCAGCUCUGAUGACGGGACGGUCAAACUCUGGGACCUGAAGACCGGAGCCUGGCUUAGAGACGUGGUGGCCCUGCAGAGCCGAGGAUCAGGUGGUGUCGUUUGGCGAAUCGGAGCGUCCGACACUCGGCUAGUGUGCGCCGCCGGCAGCAGGAACGGGACCGAGGAGACCAAACUGCUGGUUCUAGACUUCGACUUGGAGGACGGGAAGAUUGAGAGCGAGUGAAAAGCAGGGAAAAAUAAUAAAGGGGGGCGUUUUUUUAAAAGAAGGACCCUUUUGGACCAAAGUCGGUUAUAGUCCCCGAACCGUCACAUAGACAGGAAUGAAUGUUUAACACGUCCUGGUUGGCUGGACGACGAACAGACACCGUGAGAGGACAGCUGGACGGACUGAUGGACAAAGAUCCACUACGACAUGGAAACCAGGUCUGGAUGAUUAAAAAAAAAACAGGUGGACUUGAACGUUUUGUGUCUGGUCCCUGAAUCGCCACAAAAACAAGAAUGAAUGUCACACACAUCCUGAUUGGUUUGAGACUAAAAGGACGCUCUGAAAGGAUUAAAGGACGAACAACUUUAACACAGACACCAGAGAGGAGGAUGGAAAAAAACUAUAAAGACAACAAAGAAAAGCUAAAUCAAGAUGGCCGCCAUAAUCCACCUGGAAGCUAGUCCAGAAAUGGCUCCUUAAAUGAAUGUUUUUGACUCUCAGAUGGACACAAACGUGGAUGUUGAUGGUUUCUGCAUCAUCAAGAGAAUGUUGGAUAAACGUACGGAUGGAUUGAAGUUGCCGAAAAAGAGCAAAGUAACUGAAACGGGGAAUCCAACCAAAAGGCGACGACGUGGGCAUUGACCUAUUCUGCUGCUGCUGAACCAAUGAGGAAGUCAAUGCCGCUGUUUGAACAAACCAAUCAAAACAUACCAAAUCUUGAAGGCGGGGAACAGUUGAGCAACUUUUGGAGGCAACAAAGUCAGGUGACGUCAACAGCAUCUCGUGUUCAGUCAGUAUUGUUUUCACACCAGAGCUCUUUUUUUGUCUUUUCUUCAAAGUUGCUGCUGAAGUUGCUCAAUUUCGUUGCCUCUACCUGUGCUUAGUGUGUUCCAGCUGAGCAGUACUGUAACAUAUGUAGAGUUUGGAGUUGUUGAAAUGUGGAAACUGGUUCAUCUUUGGGAAACAGGAAGUCCAGCAGAAACUGAGUUAUAUAACCCAGAGCUUCACACCUCCAAGAGUCACACCAGUCUCCCUCUCAUGGGUUCACAGGAGGGUUUAGAGUCACCUCUACGAAAACCUUACAACUUUAUUACACACAAAAUCACCGACAGACUCACUUUGCAUGAUUUACGGCGCUCGUAAUGAGAAUCUUCCAGCUGCCUAUUUUCCUGCCAAAAGUGAAAUUAAAAGCUGGAAACAUGUCGAUCAGUUUUGAUGGCUGCUUGGCUCAGACGGUCGGGGACAGUUUGGCUCGUCACAGUUUGAUUCAUGACGACAAGGACGGCUGAGUUCAAACAACAGUCUUUCAACACAAACCUGCUUUCCAUUCUUUAGUUUUACUUUAGUGUAAUUUUAAAAGUACCUUUAAUGAAGAAACUUAUGUCUCAAAUGUACUUUUUUAACAUUUUCUGCUUCAAUUUCAAUUAUAUUUCUCUGACUUCAAAUCACAAAAACAUCAACAGAAAGACUUCAAAUGAAAGAAAUGCCACUUAAAUAAAUGAAGUCAUUUUUGUCUUUCAAA